AUGCAGGCUUGGCUCGCCGCUCGGCAGUCGGAGGCUUCUGCUGAGUUGCACGACAGCAGCGAGCAGCUAGCGCCAGAGAGAGAAAGAGCGAGAGAGGCAAAGGGGAGGAGGCUCAGGGGGAGGAAGUUCGACGUGAAGAUGGUGUGGUGGGUUGUCCACAACACGAUGAUGAGGAAUCAGCCGGUAGCAGAGUCGUCAUUUAGAAAGGGACGGAGGGCAGGAGGGUGCGUUGGCACGUGGCUGAAGGUUGCAGCGGUUGGCGUGCUGGCGUUCUUCGCUGCCGGGGCUGCUGCGUCUGAUCGUUCCAUGCGGGCAGCCGGGAUGGAGAAGUACGGCGGUUUGCGGGAAAUUUCCGACAACAUUCGUCUUCAGUUGGCGGCACUCCGUUCCCAAGUCGGAGGCGAAGAAUCCCAGCUCUCGAAGGAGGUCAACAGCGUUCCGCCGAAACCCCUGGAGGUGUUCGAGUACGGCCCUUCGCGAAAGGCCUGGAUGCGCGACCCCGACAAGUACAAGUACCAGUUCGUGUGCGUGGUGGCAACCAGAGCAACCGUGGAAGAGGGGAUCUGGCACAAGCGACGGGCGCCCAGGAUGUGGUCCAGGCAGCCACCGUUCCACGUGCGCAUCGUAAGGCCUAACCCGGUGGGGAUGCUGGGUCACAUGCUGGGGACUGGAAAGAUCAAGUUUGUCCAGAAGGACGUGACCAUGAGGAAGACGGACAAGAGAACCGGCCGCUCCAUCGAGAUAACCCAGCCCAUGACCGUCGUGAAGCGCGUGGAUGGGAAACUGCCCAAGAAUAUGCAGGAAAUGAUGGCGGCCCAGGAAGAGGGUAGAGAAUACACAGGCACCAGCCGUCCCUCGAAGGGGCGCUGGGGGCCUACGACCGUCGAAGAGGUGAAGGAGACGGGAGUUUUGGACCUCCUGAGGCAGGCCGACAUCAACACUCCGGAGGAGGUGGACGAUGUCACCAAGGUGGUCGACUCGCAAACCGGAAAGAAGUACGACAUGAGGAGGUAUUUCGAUUACACAAAGUCAAAGAGGGGGCCCAAGAACCUGAAGAAGGUUGACCGCAAGACGCGCGCGCGGCGGGCGAGACUAGAGGAGGGGGACAACAAUCAAGGAUGAGGGGAGGAGCAACUUUGAGAGGAGAGAGACGCGACUCCUCCUCCUGCGGAGUACUUCUGAGGGGGCAGAUUUUGUCUCUUGGCAGGAGGAGUUUUUCGAUCUGUCCGACAAGGGAACGGCCGAGUUCAUUGUCUCCACAAGGGGUAUGGAGAUGAGGAAAUCAACGGGUGGGGUGCUGAAAACGUACCGUAAGGAUGCGGGUCUCCGCACAGGGGUGUUAACGUUUUUCAAAGCCUCACCACUCGACAACUAGGAUAGCAACACUGCCGAAAAGGGUGGUUUUGGAAUUGUCUCAUCGAGGUCUUUCCUUACACGUGAUGUUUGGCCUCAGCACCCUCCUGAUUGCGGAGUAGGAAAGCUUUGAAAAACCCGAAGACCCCUGUGCGGAAACCUGCACUCUUACGGUAGGCGCUCCAGGGUAGUAUCGUAACCAGCGGCCUUGCACCGAAGGUAGCCUGCCGCCGCCGCCGCCGCCGCCGCCGCUGCGGCUGCUGUCGUAUGGGGAUUUCUGUCAUUUGUUUAGGCACUCUUCUGCGCCAGUCUGACGGCUGGUGGCGUGGGGUUGGAUUCGAAUCAGCGGUUGGAUUCGAAUCAGCGCGAAGUCCCGGAGCCUACGAUUUCCUCAACGGCAAGUGUCGUGAAACAAUUAUCGUCGCUCUUAUCAAUGAACAAGUACGUGUGUGCCACCAUGGGAACGUCCC